AUGUAUAAGAUGUACAUCGGCAUAUUCAAUUCCAUUAUAUUAAAUAUAAUUGCAUUAAUAGUUAUUUAUCCAGUAAAAAAUAGUGCAACAUCUUGCUCAAUUUUUCUAUCAUUAAACUGUUCUUGUUUUCAAUCGAAUUUCGAUUUAAAUUUCACGUUACCUUUAAAAACUUAUUCGCAUUUAUAUUGUCAAGGUAAUUCGUUGAAUGAAGAAACUUUUAAGUCACCAUUUGGAUUUGAUUUUCAAAAUCAAAAACGUUUUCGUACAAUUUCAAUAGAAUUUUUUCUUAAAAAUCAAGUUGAAAUUCGUUCAAAUCAAUUUGAUUCUCUAUCAAUAUUAUAUUCUCAAACGAAUGCCGAUGUAGAUGUAGAACUAUCCAUUCGAUUUAUUGGCUUUACUCAUAUUACAUUGAAUAAAUAUUCGAUAAGUUCAAAUAUCUUUCAAAGAAAACAUUAUAAGAAGCAUUUAUGGCUACAUUUUAUUCCAAUAACAACUAAUGAUGCUGAAAUUGUGUCCGGUGAAAACAAUCUCACUGAUAGCCAUGAUCAAUUCAAAUUUUCUGAAAAUUGUUUUUCUGGCUUAACGGUUUCUCAUUUAAAUAUAUAUAGUUACACAAAGGAAGAUCUUUUUUCAUCAUCGUUUCCAUUUGAAUAUGUUUUCAAUAAUACAAAUAUUGGUGAACUUCAUUUCCAUGGAUCAAUUAUUCCUCCUGGUCCGCAUUAUCUAAGAAGCGUAUUUAAAGGUCUUGUUCGAUCAUUGACACUUCAUCGUCAUGUUGAUACUAUCGAUUCAAAUUCAUUUCCAUAUUAUUUUUCUGUUUAUUCGUAUAAUAUUUAUUCAAUGGAAGCUUAUUCCAUGAAUCUCAAUUCAUUUAUUCCUUUAUAUACUAAUUUACGUGGAUUAGAAUUAAUUAAGCCGCAUUUUGAAGUAUCAAUUGAUAAAUUUAUUCCAUCAUUAGAUUCUUUAACAUUAGAUAUCGAACAUUUACAUGAGCGAACACUGUUAGCUUCGCACCAGAUUAACAAUUUAAAAUUAGGUUCUCGUCUUCGUCGAAUAAAUUUUCAAGUGUUAUAUGCACUAGAGAAUCAUUUAAAACAUUUUGAUUUAUCUGAGGUCAACUUAUCUGAAAUGACAACUGAUUCUCGUUGUUAUUUAAUUGAUUUUAUUCAUAAUAAUUAUCAACGUCAGUUAAAUAUAAUUCUUCCUCGAAUCAAUAAUCUGACUGAAUGCGAUUGUACUCGACUUAUACUUAUUGAUAUUCAAUUAAAUAGAAAAUCAAAUGAUUAUUCUAGCGAUAAUUUAUUAUGUACGAAAAAAUGUCGUUUCAGUGAUUGUUCUGUAAUUAGUGAAUAUUUUCGUAAAAAAUUUCCAUUAUUUACAAAUGAAAAUCAACUAAUGAAUCAUUUCAAUCAUGCGGAUCAUGAUUUACCGUCCAUUGAUGUAUUUUCUGAUUCAAUGGACAUUGAUAUGAUUCAUUUUCUUGUUAAUCAAACAAUUGAUCGACAGACAAAUUUUAAUCGAAGACAAUCAACAGUAUCACCUUUCAUAAAUGUUCAACAUUCUCAUGAUAGUUUAUAUUCAAUCGAUGAAGACAAAAAUGAUCUAUCAAAAUCUAGAAGAAACAAAUUAUUUUCUUGGACAUCAAUCUUGUUUUGUAGUAUUGUUGUUUUACUUUUGAUUAUCAUCGUUUCUAGUAUUAUAUUUUGUCUUGUAAAGUAUAGAAAACGAAAAUAUUUCGAACAUGUUCCUGUUUAUGUGUAA